AUGUCUUCGUUGAUUGUUUCCGCUUUUUUCCUGCAACUGUUGUGCGGUGCGGUUUUUGGUGGUAGUUGCAGGGAAGCGAAAUUAUGUUGUACCGGUCGCGAUUCGUCUUGUGUGGUGCAAAAGGCCCCGAUGAAUGCAAUUAUUGAGGAUUUGAGCGAUAAGCCUUGCUACUGUGACCAUGCUUGCUUAAAACUGGGAGAUUGCUGUACGGAUUUCAAAGAAGCUUGUGGAGCCCUACGAGAAAACAUUCUACUCUACUUUGAAAAUAGCAGCAUCAAAGAAUAUAUUUAG